GUUAGGGAAGAAAAGGGAGUUUCUGUCUUGGAUUGCAUCUCGAUUUUUAUUUUCAGAGAUUGUGUUUUUUAAUAUACCAUUUUCAUCAGCCCGUCUUGUGGAUACUUAGGUCGAGAACCUGGAGUGAGGACAGGAGAGAAACGGAGUGCCCACAGCGAGAGGAAUCCAGACUCGGGGUUGUUGGAAGGACGUGUGAUUGUCAGGGUGACUCGCCAUGAAGCUGUACAGCCUGAGUGUUCUCCAUAAAGGGGCUUCCAAAGCCAACCUCCUCAAAGCAGCCUAUGACUUGUCCUCCUUCAGCUUCUUUCAGAGGUCCAGUGUGCAGGAGUUCAUGACCUUUACCAGCGCCCUGAUUGUGGAACGUUCAUCGCAUGGAAGCCGGGCGUCUGUCAAGGAACAAGAGUAUCUGUGCCACGUGUACGUGCGUAACGACUCGCUGAGCGCUGUGGUGAUCGCUGACAACGAGUACCCUUCCAGAGUCUGCUUCACUCUGCUCGAUAAGGUAUUGGAUGAAUUCUCGAAGCAGGUGGACAGGAUAGACUGGCCUUCUGGCUCUCCAGCUACAAUCAACUACACAACACUAGACGGUUACCUCGCCAAAUACCAGAAUCCUCGGGAGGCUGAUCCUAUGUCCAAAGUACAGGCAGAACUGGAUGAAACCAAAAUCAUUCUGCACAACACAAUGGAGUCCUUGUUGGAGAGAGGUGAGAAGCUGGAUGAUUUAGUCCAGAAGUCUGAACACUUGGGAAACCAAUCCAAAGCCUUUUACAAAACUGCUCGCAAGCAGAACUCGUGCUGUGAGAUCAUGUGAUCCUCCUCACCAGGCCCCCUGGACCUACUGAUCUGUGACCAUUAAGCCUUCUUUAACAUUCAGAACAGAGUCUCGAGCAUACAGACACAAGAGCAGACACUUAACAAUGCUUUUCCUCGGGGGAAUGGGUGGGGAGGGGGGGGAGAUUAUUUGACAUCUCUCUUUUACUUCAGAGAGCUUUAAAAGCUGGGGGAGGCCAGUGUGAGACGUAUAUUAAGUUUUUAUCUGAUUUAAGAAAAUAAAAUUAUUUUUAAUGAAUUCGUUAAAUGCAAAGGGGGCUGAUUUGAAAGAGUGCGCCACAUUCUGCAAGUUUGUGGUUUUUUUUGUUCUUCCUGCUGGCAGUUUUAACUGUGUUCAGUAUUUAUAUCAGAUUCUGUAUUCAUCAGUGCAGAAGUGUUGCCUAGAGCAUUAUCUUGCCCAUUUACCCAGUUUCCUGUUUGAAUUUAAAAACAAAUCAAGAAAUAUCAUCUGCCAUGGGCCAAGAUAAUUUAUCUCUUUUUUUUUUUGUAUCUGAUUAAAACAAACGUAUCAAUAUGUUUUUGCAGCGAUGUGCUUGGCAGAUAUUUGUAUUUGUAGUAUGUUUUGUUUUUUUAAUUGCUCUGCACAAUGGAAAUUAACUUAAUGAACAACAAUCUGGCAAGCAGGAAGCUGUUCCUGAGUAUAUUUAAGUGCUUUAUUAAAAGCCACAUUGCCUAGGGAAUCAAAAAAGCAUCUUGUUUUGUGUAUUGUGGUUUAGUCUGAUAACUUGAUGAUGUCAUUGCUUUACAGAAGUGAAGUGGUUUAUCUGCUCAUAGUUAGGAUGGCAAGAAUUAAAACAUGGUACAUCUUUCCCAGAUGCACAAGACAUCUGGAUCAUUGCUUAAUGCAGCGUGUCUGUGCUUUUACUGCAGAUGCAGUCUGUAUCAUGAUAGUCUUUUUACAAGCAUACAUGUUUUAUUCUAAAUUAAAAUCGUAGAUGAAAACACACACUGUUGAAGCCUGCAGUGUAUAACAGAGUUUGCAUGAUUCAAUUUUUUUUAUCUAUUUUUCCAUUUUCUAUCAUCAUUUAUUAGUUUUUGCAAACAUGGAUUUUUGGCAUGUUUAAUAAUCACCAGCGUAUUUUACUAUCUCUGAGAAUGCGGAACUUCUGUAGGCCAGUAUAAAAAUGACCAUUAGAGGUGCGCACCAUUAAUUUCUUCCCCACUGAAACUGUAAUUUUAAAUAUUGCAGACAAAGGUGAAAAGUAAAUUACUGGUGCACACUCCCAGUGGACUUUUUUUAAAAACUGGCUUAAUUUUACAAAUUUCAGCUUGCCCAAUAUCCAUGAGAACAGCAAGAGCAGUAUAUGAUGAUAAAGAACACACAUAACAUUAACAGAUAAAAAAAAAAGUAAUGCAAAGCCACUCAAAUCUAUUUUCUUACCUCGGACAGUAUUGAAGCUGAAGAUCUUUUCUUCUUUGUUUUUCUUGCUUUUUUUUUUUUUUUUUGCAUCUGCAGAUUUGUAAAGUAAAGAUCCUCUGUGUUGGCAAAGGCAUUAAAUGUAAACGCUUGUCUACUUCUCAGUCUAGGUAAAUAACAGGAUACAAGUCUUAAGCAAUUUUCAAGAAAGUCACUUCAUUCUUUCAAAUCGGUCCCCUGAUCCUCUUUGUUCGGGACCGUUUCCCUGAGCUGGACCUGUUCAAAUCUUUUUCAAACCAGACUGGUCUCUACAUGCAUAGAUACACUGUUUAAAAUACUGAAGAAAGUAUCUUGUGUAGCUGUAAUUCACAAAUUUUGUUGUUGGGGUUGUCCAAUUCAUUAAUUCCUUUCUUGCAAAAAAAGUUUUUUUGUGUUACCAAUGAAAACUCAUGACAGCCUACAACCUGUUAUAUAAUUUUUUAUUUAGCGUAAAACUGGUUCCCACAGAGAAAUAUCUUCGGGAGUACAAUGAACCACUGUAACCCGCUGGAGUACCAUUCUAGCACAAUCAUUUCAUUUAAAACCUGGUGGUAUAGUAUGGUCUACAGUAAGACUGACCCAUUCUGAAGGCAGCCUCUGAAUAUUCAAAGAUCUGUCCCAGCAGUAAUUGACCCAGCUUUUCUGGGGCAUGGGGUGGGGGAGUGUGUGGGUGAUGUUUUUUUUUUUUUUUUUUUUUUUAAAUGAUGGUUACGUGCAUCAGCAUAAAAUUAAAUUCUUACAAAUGUUAUCUUCAAGAAACAAAUUUUAAGGAAGAUACAUUGCAAGACCUAGCUUCCCAUUAAUUAUAUGAUGAUUCCAGCAGAAGCUUAACAAAAACUCCAUGUAUUUCUGCUGUCAGUUCCUGUGUAAUUUGGCUGUGUGUGUGUGUGUGUGUGUUCCCGUGACUGUGCUUACUAAUGGACAGUGUUUGUGACUUGGACACAAUGCUCCAGUACUAUUGCUGUUAAAUUGUAUGUGCUGUGUGCAAUAUUUUUACACUCUUGCUAUUCUGGUGUCUGGUUUACAAUCUUGUGCCCAUAGGCUUUCAUUAAAGUGUCUUCUGGAUUGUUAAAGAGCAUGUGUGGGGAAAAAAGCUCCUUUGACAGGCCUUGCAGUGACCCAUUGACUCCUGAAAACACAGGUUGAAUCGGAAACAUUUUUCAAUUCCAAAACUUGUCACAUUGUUAGUUGCAAAUUUUGAGAUUCAUCUUGGGUAUUUCUUGAAGCUGGUGGGAAAAAAAAGACUAACUAUUGUAUGAUUUUAAAAAAGCUGUGGAAAGACAAUAGAUUCCCUCUGGGUAGCAGUCAAUUGAGCCAUCCAGAGAUUACAUACAUUUGAGUUUGUGUACUGAGGCUUAGACGUGAUUCAGUAAUAAAAUGAGUUUGCAUUUCUGCCUCAAAAGGAGAGCCCAAAGUCUGGUCAGUGCUGCUUUUCAUGAGCAUCAAGUGACUACAUUUGCUGUCAUUCACAACUGUUGCUGGACUCCUAUGUGAAUCUCUUUUGAGAAGUUAAGAAGUGUGUGGGCACAAUCUCAUAUCACAGCAGGGUUAACUUUACUCCUUUUGGGAAUUGUACCACCAUUGUGGGUUUUUUUUUUUUUUUUUUUUUUUUUUUCUGCAUGGAAAAGAUUUGGUUCCAUAGCAUUUAACACUAGAUAAAGUAAUAUUUUAAAUCUUACCCACAUUCUGAUCUUAAUGGUAUCUGUAAACCAAUUUACAAAAAAAAAAAAAUCCAUUCUAUUAAUCUACAUUUUUAUUUUCCCCCUUUUCUAUAAACAAGCUCAUUUGUAAAUGUGCAAUUUAUUGUCGUUUUCUAAACUGACUCGUAGCUUGGCAGAUAGUUAACACUGUAAACCUGUCAGUAAAAAAAAAAAAAAAAAAAAUUAGUUUAUUUUAAUAAAUGUUGCCUAAUCUCUUCUCUAAUUGCUGUUUACAUUAAUUGUAAUCUUGCCUAUAUAAAGUGUAUAAAGUUUGCUUUGGGAAAA